GUAGCGACGCUCGCUGGGAGUUCGGACAAGCGGAGGGAGCAAAAUGGCGGACGAAGAUAUUACGCUUGAUGGGAAACCUCUACAGUCGCUCCGCGUCGCGGACCUCAAAGCCGCGCUGGAGCAGCGAAACCUCCCGAAGAGCGGGCAGAAGAACACGCUCGUCAAGCGACUGAAAGGGGCUCUGAUGCUGGAAAACCUACAGAAGUCGUCCUCCUCUCACAGUGGGCUGCAGCCCAACUCUCAGAUAGGGGAGGAGAUGUGCCAGAACAGCUUCAUAAAACAAUACUUGGCCAAGCAGCAGGAACUCCUUCGCCAGAGACUGGAGAGAGAGGCCCAGCAAGAGGAAGAGGCUGAUGAAAGCCCAGCAGUGCAAGAGGAGGAUGAAGACCACUCAGACAACGACUGCUAUGUCUCUGACAAGCAGGGUCCCAUACCCUCCCAGUCCGCACUGACCAGGACAGAGGAGAGAGGAGGAGGAGCAGCUUCGGCUGUGGGUCAUGGGAUGAUGAUGUACAGCCACGACGUGGGCCCCAGUCAUACCUUUCGCUGCCAGGAGUCCCCUGAGACUCCGGGAGCAAGGAUGCAGCGAGCCAUGGGAAACAAUGAGCCACCGGCCCCUUCUCCUCCACGUGCCGUGGCCUCCCUGUCAGUGCGCGUCCUGGGCAAGCCCGACCGCCAGGGGCUGCCCCCGGCUGUGCCCCGAGCGCAGGAGAAGGAAGGCACCGCACCGAGUGAACCGGGAUCAGCUCAUGCUGUCCUCCACCUUAGCCGAUCUGCUGGGGCAUCGGCGGCAAGUAACGUCAACAUGGAUAGUGACGACGAUGACGGAGACGAUGAGCGUGACAACGAUGAGGAUUGGGGGCCUGGUCCGGGCAAGGCAAGGCAGGCCAACAGAGUCCCCCCGCAGCCGCAGCAGAUGCCCCCCAGUGCCCCAUCAGCAGGUGCGAGGUCCAAGCGCAAGCUUCAGCCCCCGCAGCACAUCCCACCACCACAGGUGCACCACACCCCCAUGCAGCUCCGCCACCCCACGCCUCCUCCAUCUCCACCCCCAGACCUGUUUCCCCUCCCUGACACUCCCAAGCAGAGUCCACCAGACCCAGAAAACCAGGAGGGAGGCGGCCCUGAGGCUGCACUUGGCCCAAGAGGAGGCUCUUUCCCAUCUGCUACUAUGAAGAGGCAAGACUCAGAUUCAAGUUCUCGUUCCAGCAGCCCUGAGCCCCCUGCGAAGUGUAGGCCAGGACCCCUCUCUCUGCUCUUACACAAAAUGGAGUCAGAGGGGGGUUUUCGUGCAUCUUCGGAAAUGUCAGAAGAGGCCGCACACUCCUCUGCUGGGUCUUCCAGGGAAUCUCCACUGCAAAAAUUGGAGAGGAAGAGGCAACAAGAGAACAGAGAGAUGGAGGAAGAGAGGCAACUAAAGAAAGAGCAGGAGAGAGAAAGAGGUAAAGCACAAGAAAAGGAGAGGGAGAAGAAACGCCUGGAAGAAGAGAAGGAAAAGGAGAGGAAACGACUGGACGAAGAGGAGAAACUGUGCAGGGCAGAGGAGAGGGAAAAUGAGCAAAAGCGUCAGGAAGAGGAGAAAGAAAAAGAGAGAAAACGCCAGGAUGAGGAGAAGAAGAAAAGAGAGGAGAAACGGAUCAGGGAGGAGCAGGAGAAGAGGCAGCAGACAACCAAGAAAGGCAGGGUGGUUGUGACCGAGGCGCAAGAUUCAGGUUCCUCAUCCGAUUCCGACUCCAAAUCCGACUCCUCUUCAUGCUCAUCACAGUCGUCGUCCUCCUCCAGGGAUAAAUCCUACCCUGCCCAGCAGCCGAAGAAGGUAGGACAAGAGGCAGAGGAAGAGAAAAAGACUGACCCGAGCAACGUAGCAAAGAAACGACACCUUUCUAAAAGGGAGGUGUCAGAGCCGAGCGCAGCUGCUGUGACGGAGGUGGAGCCGGACGCCGAGAGUUCCAUGGCCGAUCAGCCGGCGUCCGGGGCCGAGCCGGAGAGCACCGAGAACCGGCUGGAGGAGAGCACCACUCCUAAGGCUUUCGCAGCUCGCAAGAUAUCCCUGACCAGCAGUAAGACGCCUUCAGCCGCCGCAGACGGAGGAGGAGCGGGAGAACCUGAAUCGGGAACUGCAGCCGGGCGGAAGAGGCGGUGGGGCUCCAGCACAGCAGUCACCGUCAAGAAACCAUCGAUCAGCAUAACCACUGACUCACUGAAGUCUUUGAUCCCGGACAUUAAAAUAAACCAGGAGGCCGUGGUGGAGCUUCACCCAGAGGAGCUGCAGCUGUCUGGGGACGAGGAGAACGUGGACAACAGCCUCGGUGACCAGGACAAAGGACUCAAGAUCCGUCGCACCGUCACUCAGGUCGUCCCAGGCGACAGCCAGGAGAAUGGACAGACCAACGAAGAGGAAGAGGCGGAGAAAAUGGAGACAGAGAAACCGCGCAGGACUUCCCGGGACAACAGGAAGAACAGUCUGUCUGAGGAAGCCGUGGAGACACAGAUAUCUGUCAAGCUUGAGGGAGAGGCAAAGAAAGUUACCCCCAGCGACAGUCUGGUGCGUCGCUCUAUCAGUCAACAAAAGUCAGGCGUGUCUGUCACCAUCGACGACCCCGUCCGCACCGCCCGGCAGCCCUCGCCGCCUCGUGGCAAAAUCACAAAUAUCGUCCAUCUGACCAACCUGGUGCGACCCUUCACUCUGGGCCAGCUGAAGGAGCUGCUGAACCGGACAGGCACCCUGGUGGAAGACGGGUUCUGGAUCGACAAGAUCAAGUCUCACUGCUUCGUCACAUACGCAACGUCAGAGGAGGCCGUCGCCACCAGAGCGGCCAUCCAUGGGAUCAAAUGGCCCUCGAGCAAUCCCAAGGUGCUCAGCGUCGACUUCUGUGAGCAGGACGAGCUGGACUUUCACAAAGGUGUCCUGAAGCCAGUCAAAGAGGAUGAACAUGUCGUCCAACCGAGUGCCCCUCCUCAGACCCGGCUGCCCCCGCUGAUGCCCGAGCGAGACCGUGACAGGGACAGGGAGCGCGAACGGGAACGGGACCGAGGGGUCGCAGGAGUCCCGGGAGUGCGCGACCUGUGGGCGGAGCGUGAGAGGGAGAUGGAGCGCCGCGAGCGAGCCCGCGGUGAACGGGAGUGGGACCGCGACAAGGUCCGGGAAUUUGCAAGGCCGGGCGAGGAGGGAAGGCGAUCCCGGUCCAGAGACAGGGAGCGGAAGAGGAGGGAGAGGGCGAAGAGCAAGGAGAGGAAGACGGAUAAGAAGGAGAAGGGAGAUGAGCCUCCGGCCAAACUUCUGGACGAUUUGUUCCUCAAGACCAAAUCGGCUCCGUGUAUCUACUGGCUCCCCCUCACAGAGGAGCAGGCGACGCAGAGGCUCUUGGACCGCACGGAGCGGCGCGAGGAGCGCGAGCGGAGGCGCAAAGAACAGCAAGAGGAUGAGGAGAAGAAGCGGGAAGAGGAGAAGAAGGAGAGGCUGAAGGUCCGGGAGAAGGACGGCGUGGCGGCUGCAAGCGGCGGAGUGGCGGCCGGCCGAGGACCUGACGGAGACCGAGAGAGGGGCCGCGGCCGCGACCGUGAGCGAGAGCGAGAGGGCGACAAGAGGAGGGACAGCGGCCACCGGCCCCGGCGAACCUCGGCGGGUGCCGGCAGCGGACGGCGGUCUCGCAGUCGUAGCAACCCCAGGGAAAGACGCCGCUGAGGGUCGGGCAGCUGCUGGGAAAAGCUGAAGAGAGAGAGAGGGAAGCAGUGUGGCGGAGGACACGGCAGACAGAAAGUCUCGGGGAAGGAAAUCGUUUCCACCAGGCGAAGCUUUUCUCUUGCCUCAAAGUUCAGGACUCUGUCUGCUCCUCACCGCCCACCCCCACCAUGCUUUAAUUCGUCCACUCUGACGCCAGCGUUGUCUUCCAAACACCGUUUUCCCCCUCUGACCUCCGUAAAGUAAAUUCACUCGGAAAAUGUUUGUUGCGUGUUUCGGGCUUAUAGUAAAAAAAUAACAAAGUCCAUCUAGCUCCUCCUCCCCCAGGCUUUUCUCUUUCUGUCUUCCAAAAGCAAAAAGUCAGUACUCCCCCCGCCCCGUAGAGAGCAGCGGUUCCUCCUCGCCUCCGUGUCGUGCUGUUAAUUAUCCUCCGUUAAAGAAAAGAAGCAGGGAGAAGGGCGGCAGGUUUUUUUUUUUUUUUGGGCUCGCCUCAGCAUUUUGUCCCGCUGAGGUUUGGGAGCUUUAUUUUAGUUCUGUGGGUGCACAGCUCCUUCCUCCUCCGAGCCCUGUAAUAAAAACCUGUCCAAAAUAGAUCGCUGACCUUCAAAUAUUUUCUAGGAUUCUAGAUGUUCUUCUUCUUCUCUUUUUUAAAAUAUAUAUAUAAAAAUAUACAACUAGAAUUACUGGCCGUCAACGUCACCGUGAAGGAAAGUUAUUUUUCUCUUGUGGAAGUUUUAUGCGAUCAUGUUUAUUUCUUUUCCUCCUGCCUUGAACGGUUUGUUGUGUGCUACGGCAGGUGAUGUUUGUGCGAGCGACGACCCUCAUCUCCCACAAAGAAGAAGUGUCCACACUGUAACCGACAGGAAGAGACGCCGUAGUAAAUGUUAUGGAGACGUGCAAACAAAACGCCCCCACGUCUGGAAGCUGACCUUCCCCCUGCACUGACGUCGCCCGAUUGGAAAAUCCCUCCUAUGACCCCCUUCAGUCAUAUAUAUAUUUUAAGGAGGUAAAAAAAAAAACAUUUAUCUUCUAAUAGAGUGAUGGUGACAAUUUUAACAUUUUUAAUUUCAUGUUUUUAGUUGCAAAAACAAAGUUUGAUUUUGUUGUUUUUCUUUUCCUUCUGCAAGUGCUGAAUGUACCUACAAGUUAAUAAAUUUAAAUUGGUUA